AUGGGUUUCGGGAUCAACAAUCCGCUGCCGGCGUCUAUGGCCAGUGAAUGCAAGAAGGCUGCAAAGAUCUUGACAUCAUUCGUUGAUCCUCGGCAAUCAUUUGGUCCCGACAAGGUCAUUCCCCCUGAGAUUUUGGCCAAUGCAAAGGGUCUCGCGGUCCUCACAGUCCUGAAGGCCGGUUUCCUGGGCUCCGGUCGGUUUGGCUCCGGUAUCGUUGUCGCUCGUCUUGCCGAUGGGUCCUGGUCGGCUCCAUCAGCUAUUGCGACUGCAGGUGCCGGAAUUGGAGGACAGAUUGGGUUUGAGUUGACCGAUUUCGUCUUCAUUCUCAACGAUGCCGCUGCUGUUCGCACAUUCUCUCAAGUGGGAACACUGACGCUGGGUGGUAAUGUAUCACUCGCUGCUGGGCCGAUUGGCCGAAAUGCCGAGGCGGCCGGCGCAGCCAGCACGAAGGGUGUUGCGGCCGUCUUCUCCUACUCAAAAACCAAGGGUCUUUUCGCUGGUGUCAGUCUCGAAGGCAGUAUGCUGGUGGAACGCAAGGAUGCCAACGAGAAAUUGUACCGCAGUCGCGUCUCCGCGAACCAACUUCUCACGGGCACCGUUCGCCCCCCACCAGCCGCCGAUGCUCUGAUGCGCGUGCUGUCAUCCCGUGCCUUCCAAGGAAAUGCGCGGGGUCAGGGUGACUCCAUGUACAAUGAUAUUCCUGUUUAUGACGACAGCCAUGACGAUGUGGUCUGGGAGGGACGCAAGGGCGAGGCUUACGGUCAAGGUGCCCAGCGUGCUCGAUCUAAUACCAAUCAAAAUGAGUAUGACUACCGUGAUAAGCCCCGCCGUACAAACACCUGGGCGGAUGAUGUUUAUGAUCGGCCUGCCUCGGGGCUUGGUCGUUCUGCGACAACCCGGGCCCCUGCCGGCGAUUCAUUUGAUGGCUAUGGGCGCAACCGAAGCAACACUGCGCCAUACGAGGAGGAAUAUUCCUAUUCGGAUCGCAGACCUACCCGUCCAACUGCUCCUAAGCCAGUCUUCCAGCAAAAGACUGGUGCAGCCCAGUUGCGAGCAGAUCAAGCCGUUGCCCUUUUCACAUUCGAUGCGGAUCAAGAGGGUGACCUUGGAUUCAAGAAGGGCGAAAUCAUUACCAUAAUAAAGCGGACGGAGAAGGCGGAAGACUGGUGGACUGGUCGCAUUGGUGAUCGCGUGGGCAUCUUCCCCAGCAAUUAUGUUGAGGCCUCCUAA